CAGUGCAGGACUCAGCAGGAUUUGAACGGAGGGUCACUCUUUCAAGGUUGAAACAGAGGACACCUGUGAAGAUGACUCCAUCAGUUAUUUCUGCUCUUCUUCUGCUGGCUUGUGCUCUCCCAUUCAAUUCUGCUCAGUCAAGCUGUAGUGGGAGAUGUGGAGGAGAGUAUUACAGGGGUUACAUGUGCCAGUGUGAUUAUGACUGUCUCACUCACGAGGAGUGCUGUAAGGACUACGAAUCCCAGUGCACCACAAGUGACUCGUGUAAAGGGCGGUGUGGCCAAUCCUUUAAGAGAGGCAGGCAGUGUGACUGUGAUCCGGACUGCGCUCGCUACAGCAAGUGCUGCCCAGAUUACAAGAGCCAGUGUGGUAUUGAAGACACCAAACAACCAGGCAGCACAACACCACUGAAGACUAGCUCAUGUAAUAACGUAAAUGAUGAAACACCAAAAGAGCGAGAGCCUCCCCAGAUCCAGCCAAAUGAGGAGCAAGAGAUGACUCCCAAUCCACAGGAGGAACUGAAUGAAGAUGACCAGUUCAUGCCAUUGGUCACUCCAGAACCAGAACUCCAGGAUGAACAGGGAGAUGAUGUAAAGGGUGAGACCUGGCCAGAACUCCCUGUUCCCUCUCCUGAGGCUGAGCAAGAGGCCAUUUUAGUGGGGGACUACACACCCUUCCCUGAGGAAUGGGAUCCAGAGGCAACACCUGGCCAAGAGGGGACCCCACCAGCAGAGGCCAACCCCUACCUUGCUGAACCAGCCAAGGAGGUUCCCACUGAGACAGCAGACUCCAGUGUUCCUGAGGGACAGCCUGAUUCCAGCAGCAGCCCGUAUGCAUUAGACACAACUCCCGCUAGAUCCUCCUCUGAGCCCACCCCUGCCUCCCCCCAGCCCUCCGACCAGGUCUUCCCGAGCUCAGAGCCCCAGCCUGGGCCUACUCCUGCAGAGGACAUCCUUGAACUCCUAUCUGAAGGACAGAGUGAAUUGGACCCUGAGGGUCAGGAGGCAGAAUCUGAGAACACACUGCCAAAGGACUCUGAACCCAGAACCUCAAACCUAGAGAAUGCUGCCACCACACCAGCCUCCGACCCAACCUCUACCGGCCCCACACAGGGUACACCCUCAGGCCCAGAGGAUCCUGAGGCUACCCCUGCAUCUCUAGACAGCACCACCCCCUCCACCAAGCCUGACCAGACACCCAGUGCCCCUGAAGGAUCUACCCCAAGCUCAGAGCAGGACAGCUACAAGGAGAAUGCCCCAACAACCACCCCUUCAGACCCACAGGAUCCCAAUGCGUCCUCUGAGGCACCAGCAUCUGAUAGUGGUCCCGAAGCUAAACCUGGCAGAGUGGACACCCCAGAAAGUUUUGAUGACAGCAGUAUCCCCCAGACUGGAGAUCUGGCAACGCCUCCCACCUCAGAUCCUCAGGCCACAUCCACAGACCCAACGGGACAUGAAGAGGAAGGAGACAAGGCUGCACCAGAGGAGAUCACUACAGACCCCAUGAAGCUCACUCUCGUCCCCACCAUCAAACCAACCCCCAACAAAACCACAGAGAAACCCAAGCCCAGCAAACCCACAGGGAAACCCAAGCCCAGUCCUACACGGCCCAGCACCCUCACUGAUAUCAACCAAGAUCUGGGCACAGACAACCCCAGGGACUACCAAGCAGAUGAACACAAUGACACCAACAUCUGCAGCGGUCGUCCCGUCGGCGCAGUGACUACGCUGAGGAAUGGGACCGUGGUGGUUUUCAGAGGACACUAUUUCUGGGUGUUGGACAGCAAUAGGGUGCCUGGACCUGCCCGUGGGAUCACAGACGUGUGGGGUGUCCCUUCUCCCAUCGACACAGUCUUCACCCGCUGCAACUGCCAGGGCAAGACAUACUUCUUCAAGGGUUCUAACUACUGGAGGUUCGAGAAUGGCAUGAUGGAGCCCGGCUACCCCAAGCUAAUCAGGGCGGGCUUCGAUGGGCUGCAAGGACAGAUCACGGCUGCCCUGUCUGUGCCAGAGUACCGCAAGAGGAGAGAGUCGGUCUACUUCUUCAAGAGAGGAGGCUUGGUGCAGAAGUAUUCCUACCAGUCUGGCAUCAGCCCUACAUGCGGCAGGAAGGUCCACUACUCUGUUUAUACCGUACGCAACCGUGUUGCUAGGCAAGCAGCGCCUCUGCUGGGACAGGAGAUCAACAUCCGUCUGACCUGGAGAGGCUUCCCAUCCACCGUGACCUCCGCCGUGUCCAUCCCAACCCACAAGAAACCAGAGGGAUACAACUACUACCUCUUCUCACGCUCCAAAUACUACAAUGUCAAUAUGGGAGAUGAGCGACCUUUCAUAGCAACUCCCCCGGUGAGCUCUGCUCCCCAGAAGAACUCUGCCAAAGACUUUUUCAACUGUCCAAAGGAAGUUUGAGGAGAAAAAGCAGGGACAUUCAAAAACCGAUUCAUUGACACACCAUCUUCCUAAUGGAUCUCAAACUUUAUUAGCAUCAUUAUUCAUAAAACCAACACCAAUGUUUUAGCAAGGACUCCACGUAACAAAUCUUUAAAAAAAAGAAGAUUAUUCAUCAUAACAAUGAAAUGAUCAGUGAUCACCAUAACUACAGGAGAUACAUAAUUUAGAUUUAUGGAAAACGCAGGUGUUCUCUUUGGAACCAUGGUGACCAGUCUUGUAGCGGGAAUGAUGUCUUGUGGAGAUGGAAAUAAUGUUGGGGCAGGAGCUCUGAUCGGUUGUUUAUCGGGCAAAUCUCCUCCCAGUCCCAGUUACACCCCGUGAUGGCAACGUCCCUGGUUCCCAUCAAACGAGACAUAUUGGUAUGAGACAAAGGUCUGCUUUAUUAAUGUAAAAACAAAUCAUUCUGAUUCUGUACAGCGCCUGUAUAAUAUAUAAUGCAAAGACAAUGCUAAUGUAACAAAUAAUUUUAGAUGAAACAUUUCUCUUCUGCAUUUUUUGAUUAUUAAAAUCGAUUUAUCAUCAACAAUGAAUCUCGACUUGGUUUUAUAUGUUGUAUUAAGAGCUGUGUACAAUAUAAAUGUCUGUUCACUCACCUCUCCUCAUGCGGUUCUCUGUCCAGCGUUGGAGCUGUCGGCUGUGUCCUGGUCUAGAGGGUUUGGGCUGAGUCCUACUAGUGUCUAAAGCAGAGAGACAAAGGGAGCAGUUACACACGGCUCAUUCUAACACUACUACAGCCAAAACUGAGAACGCAAUACGGCCUACUAGUCAGAGACAAUGGACCAUUUAAUUAAACAUUCCAAGGAGGUCAGAGCCAAGCUCCUAUAAAACCAGUAUAAAUACUCAAAUUUGAGAGGAAUCUCACAACUAGAAUGUAGACCAAAUACAAUUCCAACAACCAGUAUGAAUGGAGGGGUAUUGGUAAGGGUAUAGAGUAGGCCUGUUGGCUUGGGUAGGGCACACUAAGGUAUUGAGGGUUAGCUAGUGGAGGUUAGAGGACUGCAGACCUGUUCAGUAGGCUACCACAAAGGGAAUCUGAACGCUGUUCGCUAGAAGAGUCCACUGUUUCAGCCUAUUGCAUUUCUUUGCAGCGCAUACAUAAUUUCAGAUUUUCUAAAUGUAUAAAAUCUCAACUCUAGUGCAAAGGGAUUUUAGAAGCAUUGCCUCUAUAGCCAAUACUGAAACCCCCGACUCCAUUUAAGGCCAAGAUGUUGAGAUGUAUUUUUUAUUAUUAUUUUGUAAUGCUUUUUGUGACGUGGAUCAUAAUUACUGUUAAUCAGGUUACAUGAUCCUCAUAAUGUUACGUGGAAAAUACAACUACUGGGAUGCAGAAUUAAACA